AUGUCUAGUCGUCGUACCUUCGAUGUAAAUAUUUGUUUGACAGUCUAUCGUCUAAUUGAAACAGACUUUACAAAAAUGUUGAAUGAAUCACGAUCUGCUAUGAUUAUUCCAGCUGCACGUAUUUUGAAGCAAAAACCUAGUAUUUGGGUGGAAAUAAAUCAAGCAGUAACUAAGUACAAACCAGUCAAUUUGGGUCAGGGUUUUCCAGAUAUUUUACCAAAGAAACAUGUUCUUGAAAGCGUAGGUAUGCUUGGAAUGCUUGAAGUGAAUCCACUUCUGCAUCAGUAUACUAGAUCCAUGGGUCAUCCACGUUUGGUCAAUGUAUUAUCUAAGUUGUACACAAAUUUCUUUCGAUGUGAUCGUGAACUCUAUGCUCAAUCCGGUAGUCUACAAGUUGAUACUUUUCCACUAAAUAAAGAAAUUGAUCCUUUAAAAGAGAUCAUAAUCACGAUAGGAGCUUAUGGAUCUCUUUAUGCAGCUAUUUCAGCAUUGGUCAAUCCUGAUGAUGAGGUUAUAAUUAUGGAGCCAAGUUUUGAUUGUUACACUCCAAUGACAAUAAUGGCUGGUGGUGUACCUGUAUAUGUACCAUUGCGACCGACAGUUGCUGAUGGUGAAGAAUUGACUAGUAACUGUUGGAAAUUGAAUAUGAAAGAAUUGGAAUCUAAGAUUACUCCUAGAACUAAACUAUUACUCCUCAAUACGCCACAUAAUCCUUUGGGCAAGGUAUUCAAUAGAGAAGAGUUAGAAUCUAUUGCUGAUAUAUGCAUCUGUCAUAAUCUUGUAUGCAUUUCAGAUGAAGUGUAUGAAUGGUUGGUAUUCCCACCUAAUCAACAUAUAAAAAUUGCCUCUUUACCUGGUAUGUGGUCACGUACCUUGACUAUUGGCAGUGCUGGUAAAACAUUCAGUGUAACUGGUUGGAAAUUAGGAUGGACAGUUGGGCCAGCUAAUCUAAUUCAAGCAAUGCAAUUACAUCAACAAAAUACAGUGUAUACAUGCCCAACACCUUUACAAGAGGCUGUAGCACGAAGUUUAGAAAUUGAAUUACCGCUAUUACACAAACCUGACUCAUAUUUUCAUGAAAUGUGUUCAGUUAUUGAGCCAAAAGGUCGUAAUAUGGUGAAGCAGUUAAAUGAAAUUGGCAUGAUUGCAGUAAGGCCAACUGGGGGAUAUUUCUUGAUAGCAGAUAUUUCUAAAAUGAAUGUUCCAUUGGAUGAAUUAGAGGAGAAUGAAUUACUACCGUAUGAUGUCAGGUUCAAUAAUUGGAUGAUGCAGAAGAAAGGUGUUUCGGCUAUUCCAAUGAGUGUUUUCUACUCGAAAUCUAAUCAACAUCUUGGUUCAAAUUAUCUCCGAUUCUGCUUUUUCAAGGAAGACGCCACUUUAAAUUCUGCAUAUGAAAUUUUAAAGAGGUGGUAA